UUCAUCAUCAAGAUACGACAAAUUUAAUGCAAAAUAUGGAUCCGAGAAUGCAAAUGAAAGUUUCACCUUCAUCAAGUCGUAUAUUGUAUGAUAUUCCAUGCAAAGUAUGCAGAGAUCAUUCUUCUGGUAAACAUUACGGUAUUUUUGCUUGCGAUGGAUGCGCCGGUUUUUUUAAACGGUCAAUACGUCGUAAUCGACAAUACGUUUGUAAAGCAAAAUCAGAAGGAACAUGUAUUGUGGAUAAAACUCAUCGAAAUCAAUGCCGUGCGUGUCGUUUAGCUAAAUGCCAAGAAGCGGGUAUGAAUAAAGAAGCUGUACAACAUGAGCGUGGACCAAGAAAUUCUACAUUACGCCGCCAAAUGGCAUUAUUUUUUAAGGAUCCAAGUGAAAUUGGUGCACAUCAUCAUUCUCGAUUACCACCAGGAAUUAUGCCACCACUAGAUUUAAGUAUUUCACAAUCAUCACCACCCCCACCAGCGCUUAUUUCUCCACAUGCAUAUAUGUGCAAUCCAUUUCCACUUGGUUUGCCUAUGGCACCUCCAGCAACAAUGGCACCCGUUUUAAAUCCUGAAACAGUAUGCGAAUCUGCGGCACGUUUAUUAUUUAUGAAUGUAAAAUGGGCUAAAAGCGUUCCAGCAUUCACUACACUCCCGUUAUCAGAUCAACUGUUACUCUUGGAAGAAAGCUGGAGUGAAUUAUUUGUCUUAGGAGCAGCACAAUUUCUUAUACCUUUGGAACUCGGACAAUUGGUACAUGCUUGCGGAGCCUUAAGUUGUACAGACACAGAUCCAACCAAAACUUUGAAAUUGUUACAUGAAGUAAAAUUGUUUCAAGAUACUUUAGCACGAUUUGCUGAAAUGCGAGUAGAUCCACAUGAAUUUGCAUGUUUACGAGCGAUUGUGUUAUUUAAAACUUCGUUUGAUGGACCUUCAUCUUCUGGUAUGUCACCAACUACGUCAGCGGAUUCUACCUCCUCAACAACCACUGAACCAAAAGUAUUAUCAAGUAUUACAAGCGUAGUUUCGUUGCAAGAUCAUACACAAUUUACACUGAAUAAAUAUAUUUUAACAACGCAACCUGGACAACCAUUACGUUUCGGAAAAUUGUUACUCUUAUUACCAGCUUUAAAAUCUGUAUCGAAUAGUACAAUUGUGGAGUUAUUUUUUAAGAAAACAAUUGGUGAUAUACCAAUUGAGCGAAUUAUUUGUGAUAUGUAUAAAUCGAAUAAUGAUGUAUAA